AUGAAACGGGAUCUUCGCCAUGAUCUUCAGGCCAAAGUUCAAGGAAGACGGGAAGGGGAUGCUCAUCACUGCCAUCUCGGUGCACCAGACCCAUCUUCCUCUGCCCCAUUCCACCUAUCCCACGUCAUUCAGGUCAGAUCAUCUACCGCACCACAGAGGCCCGAAUCCACGCUAUUACCACUACCGCCCGCCUACAGUCUGGGCAUUGGACGCUUGGAGUUUAGGCAUGCAGCCCCUAGCCCAGAUGGGGAGCUCCAGGCAUCUUGGGCGCGGCACGGUCCUCCGACCUUGAAGCAGGGACCACCAACACGACCCAGUAUCCCACAGCACCAACAGAGCCUUCGUCCACCAUCGUGCACCUUGUCUCUUGCGACCGUUAGACAGAAUGACAGACUCAUUCGAUCGCUUAGUCUGCAGGUCCACGGGCUAACAUAUGUGUUGCACCAGUAUUUUAGUAGUUUGGAACGUCUCAGACUGGCCGAAGAUGGCAGAACUCUCUCACGUCCCCCUUCCCAACUCUCAAUUCAUCCCCCGAACAAUGCUGGCUUCACAACUCAACCCUCCGACACUUUCACCAUCCUGACACACGGCAUUACCCAGACCGGCCAGUUCUUCAACGGAAAGAGACUGCGGAGGAGGCGCUGUUCGGCAGCAGACAUCAAUCCAACCACAAUUGAGUGGUUCGCCUCCUUGCCCCCUGCCGUCCAGAAGAAGUUAUUCUCGAGGGAAGAGUGCUCAUUCUACUCCCAAGAGAAAAAUACCAUCAUCCUCGACUCUGCAGACGAAACACUCCGUCGCCGCAGUUGGCAUCCAACCAACUUCGCCGUGUUUGAGCGUCGAGCUUCUGCUGAUGACGACGCCACCAUCGUUGAUUUUGAAGGACUCAAAGACGAACCCCGGGUUGACUCUGCUAUCGACAUGGGUGACUACUCAGUAGAUGGUUUUCGAUGGCUAGAGGAUGAAGGAGAUCUCGAUCUCAAGUUGGACGACUACCACGAAGCCAUUGCUGAAACAAACCGGCGGACAAUAUCGGUAUCAGCACCGAUCCGGCGGCGCUCACGACGAAACCCUUCCCUCUCAAGCCUGUCUAUACGUCGUGGCCGGAGCUCGACAUCAUCCUCACGUCCUCCGAUCGAACCCCCUCCAACGCCCGCUUUGCCUUUCAUCCCUCCUCACACUCGCUCCUCCUCCUUCUCAUUAAAACACCUCCGUUCUCAAGCAUCAAUAUCAUCCAUCGAUCCUCGGGCAACCCAUUACCAGGACCCUGCUGCUCGGAUGAAGCUCAGGCUCUAUCUUGCCUCGCCGCAAAAGUUCGAUGAGGCAAUCGAGUUUGGGUUUCCAUCCGUGGAAGAAAGAGAACAAUGGAACCAUAUCAGACCUAUGACAAGCCCGCAACCAAGACCUGAGUUCAAUCGAACUUUCUUUCAUGACGACACGCCAUCACUCUCAGGAGAUGAUGGUGAAGACGGUGACGAGCCGGAUACAAUAUUUGACCCUCGAACCCCUGAAGAGGCGGUAUUCCAAAUGCAUCGUCCAUCCCACAAGAGCAGCAUCGACGGGCUCAAAGGUCUGAGACCGUUUUCAAUUCGCAGACAGCCCGAGAUAUAUGCCCGCGGCACCACCGCAGAUCGAGAGAUGACACUACACAUGACCUUGACGAGACCAGACCUUCGUUCACCAGAGGAACAACCAUCACAACCAGACCAUCAAAAGAAGGUCCAUAAAUCGCCACUGGAGCCACUCGACAUGACCGUCGACGGAAAUACAGUAUCCAUAUGGGAUACUCUACCUGCCGAAGAAUCGAAAAUGAAACGAUUUCUUCGAAAACUAAGGCUCAAAUAA